AUGCAUGUCUGGCAACCAAUAAUCACUGACAUCAAAUAGUCGGCGCAGUGCCUCUAUCCGUAAAGAAGCCUCCGAGGGGUAGCGAAGAUUAUAAUUAAACCUGUUCUCCGUCACGCCUUUGCUGUAUUUCCCUUGGCUAUGCAGCCUUUAAAAUGUGUAUUGCAGUCGGCCAUUGACGACUCAUCAAUCAAGUCGAAUCGUCCCCCCAUGGAUGAAUAGACGGACGGACGGAUAGACGGAUGCUUCAAGCACAGAUGCAGACAGACUCCGGACACAGCGUGAAGGCCCUGUGGGUGUCGGAGGGUAACUCCCGUCCACUCGGAAGAUCCCCUGGGCGGCGACACCCCUUGACCGCCUGCAUAUAAAUCAGACGCUGACUGGACUUCAGCAUCGUCCGCGGAAACAAGGUGAAACAAACUCAAAAUCCACAAUGCAUCUCAAGAGUCUCGCUUUCGUUCUUCUGCUGAAGCUCAUCACUUUUAGCGAUGCACUGCCAGACGAGACGCAGGAAGUCGAUAACGGGGACCUCCACGACAAGGAUGACAGCACAGACACCAUCCUCAAGAUGAACAAAGGCUCUUCUGAGAUCAUGUUAGAGGGAGACUUGAUGCUUCCGAGAACAAGGACCGCCAUGAAGUGCUACACCGAAACGUCCAGCUGCCUGUGGCGUAAAUCUAACAACGGCAACGUUGAGAUCCCGUUUGUCAUAUCUGACAACUACGACGCUGGCGAGAGGAACACUAUUGUCACGUCCUUGAAGUCGAUGCAGGCCAAAACUUGCAUCCGCUUCAUUCCACGAACCAAUCAGCGUGAUUACAUAAGCUACGAGCCCAGAUACGGGUGCUCCUCAAUGAUGGGCCGCAUGGGAGACAAGCAGGUGGUGGCCCUGCAGCGGUUUGGCUGCAUCCAACACGGCAUCAUCUUGCACGAGACCAUGCACGCCAUGGGCUUCUACCACGAGCACACUCGCAGUGACCGCGACAGCCACGUGCGCAUCAACUGGGACAAUAUCGAGACAUUUAACGCAUACAACUUCCAAAAGCAAAAAACCAACAACCUCAACGUCCCGUAUGACUACAAAUCUUUGAUGCACUAUGGAAGAAACGCCUUCGGGAUAAAAGACAGAGACACCAUCACCCCCAUCCCCGACGCCUCUGUGGAAAUAGGUCAGCGGAAAAGACUCUCUGACUACGACAUUCUCAGAAUCAACCGCUUGUACAAGUGCAGGAAUUAAAAUGUUCUGAAAAGGCUUCUGAGAGUCUCAAUAAAAGCAAUCUCAAUCAUG